AUGAACAUGUCUGGCGGCCCCCCCGGGGAGGAGCUCACGGAUGAGGAGAAGGAGAUCAUCAACAGUGUACUGGCUCGUGCGGCCGUGAUGGAGGCCACGGAGCAUGAGAGGAUUGAGCGUCUCUCCAGUCGCCUGGAUAACAUCAAGAAGACGGCGUGUGGUGACGGCCAGUCGCACUGUCUGCUGUGUGGGGCGUCGUUCGGACCACAGGGGGUCACAGCUGUCCUCUGUGUGCAGUGCAAUAAACACAUGUGCAGCAAAUGUGGGAUCCGGAGCAACGGCAGGACGAGUCCUAUGUGGCUGUGCAGAAUCUGCAAUGAGCAGCAAGAGGUACAGAAGCGUUCAGGAGCUUGGUUCUUCAAGGGACGAGUCCAGCAAAGUCUGCCUGCCCCCCUACCUCUGUCCGGAUCUCGUCAGUCCAGCAUCGAGAGCAGUUCUGGUUCGGUAGGACACGAUGGACCACAGGAACCUCCAACAAAUCAUCGGGAAUACGAGCAGCAGCAGCAGUCCUGUGGCUCAGAACAAUGGGAGCAGACAGCAAGAACAACAGCUGACAGCCAUAAUGAGAGUCCGUCCUGUCCAGCGGCGGUAAUGAAGACCGAGAAAAAUGUGUUGGCCUCCAAACCGCCUCGAGCAAACGCACAGCAGGUCGCCCCCCCCUCAGAAUUAAUUGCUCCUGCUGCAGAUGUGGAAAACAAACGCCCGGAGAGGGAAGAGACGGUGUCCCCUCCAGCUGUGGAGGAAAAAAGACAACCUAUUGUCUCCAGCUCCAUUUCAUCACAUGUUCCUGCAACCAGAAUUAAUCCACCGGUCAAUAACCCCGCCCCCCCACGACCCCCACCAGAUCGAACAGAGGAUGAAGACGAAUACGACUCAGAUGACGCCACCACUCUGGGAUCUCUGGAGUUCAGUCUCCUGUACGACCAGGAGAACCACGCUCUGCACUGCUGUGUGGUUAAAGCUAAGGGUUUAAAGCCGAUGGAUUCAAACGGACUUGCUGACCCGUAUGUGAAGCUGCACCUCUUACCUGGAGCCAGUAAGUCAAACAAGCUUCGCACCAAGACCCUUAAAAACACUCUGAAUCCUGUGUGGAAUGAGACUCUGGUCUACCACGGCAUCACCGAUGACGAAAUGUCACGCAAAACUCUCCGGCUUUCAGUGAGUGACGAAGACAAGUUUGGACACAACGAAUUCAUCGGAGAGACGCGAAUCGCUCUGAAGAAACUGAAGUUUAACCAGAAGAAGAACUUCAGUGUUUGUUUAGAGCGAGUGAUCCCGGUGAAGAAGGCCGUGGGAGGAUCGGCCCGUGGCAUGGCUCUCUAUGAGGAUGACCAGAAUGACGGUGAGGAUUCAGAGGAGAGAGGUCGCAUCCUGGUGUCGCUGACGUACAACAGCCAGCAGGGUCGUCUGAUGGUCGGGGUCAUCCGCUGCGCUCACCUGGCCGCCAUGGACUCCAACGGAUACUCCGACCCGUUCGUCAAAAUAUGUCUGAAACCAGAUAUGGGGAAGAAAGCUAAAAACAAGACAGCGAUAAAAAAGAAGACCCUCAAUCCGGAGUUUAACGAGGAGUUUGGUUAUGAAAUAAAGCAUGGCGAGUUGGCCAAGAAAACCCUUGACAUCUCAGUCUGGGACUACGACAUGGGGAAAUCCAACGACUUCAUUGGAGGAUGUCAGCUGGGCAUCCAGGCUAAAGGAGAGUGUUUGAAGCACUGGUACGAAUGUCUCAAGAACAAAGACAAGAAGAUUGAGCGCUGGCACGUCCUGCUAAAUGACAACACCGUCCAGUUUGAUGAUUAAAGCGUCUCCCCUCUUCUAUGUAUUC